CGCGCGUGCUAAAAAACAACAAGAAAAAUCCCAAAAUAGGUUGUUCGAUUACAGCUGGAUGGAGUGAAAGUGUUUAAAGUCAGCAGAUUAGAUGACCGAGGGACCGAGGGACGCCGGGAAGAUGCGCUGCGUCCGCGGGGUUUGCGGCUGCUUCUGCGGCGGCGGCGCGCCCUCCGAGCCCGGGGUGAGCAGCGGCGACGCGCAGGCACCGCGCGCGUAGAUGGCCAGCGCAGGUGUCCGGGAAGUGUCAUCACGAGUGGUCGCCGGGCGGAGGGGGCAACGUCCGCGGGGAUGAUGGCGGCCAAGUCCGACGGCCGAGGGGUCGUCACCGGCUUCGCCCAGCUGCGCAACCUGGACGAGGUGGUGGGCGCCGGGGAGGAGGGCCGCGACAACGGCAGCUCCUUCCACAUCUGCCACUGCUGCAACACCUCGUCGUGCUACUGGGGCUGCCGGAGCGCCUGCCUGCACUACCUGCGCUCCAGGCGGCGGGACGCGGCGCGGCCACCGCAGGAGGAGCAGCGCCUCUGGCUGGAUUGCCUGUGGAUCGUCCUGGCCCUUCUGGUCUUCUUCUGGGACGUGGGGAGCGACGUGUGGCUCUCCGCGCACUACUACCGCAGCCAAGACUUCCUGUGGUCGGGCAUGACCCUGUUCUUUGUGCUGGUGCCCUCGGUCCUGGUGCAGAUCCUCAGCUUCAGGUGGUUCGUGCAGGAUUACACGGAGGGCGGACUGGGCUCCGUGCAGGGCUUGACGAGUCGCAGAGCCGCGGCCAGUCUUCACCGGGACCGCUGCUGUCGCCUCUCGGUGUGGGUCUGGCAGAGCCUCCUGCACGUCUUUCAGAUGGGACAGGUGUGGAGGUACAUCCGCACCAUGUACCUGGGCAUCCAAAGCCACCGGCAGAAGGAGAACCAGCGGCGCUUUUACUGCGCCAUGAUGUACGAGUACGCUGACGUCAACAUACUGCGACUGCUGGAGACCUUCCUGGAGAGCGCGCCUCAGCUGGUGCUGCAGUUGUGCAUCAUGAUCCAGAGCAACCAGGUCGAGUGGCUGCAGUGUUCUUCUGCCAUGUCCUCCCUCCUGUCCCUGUCCUGGGUGCUAUCGUCCUACCAUAAGCUCCUGCGCGACUCCCGAGACGACAAGAAGAGCAUGAGCUACCGCGGCGCUCUGGUGCACCUCUUCUGGCGCCUCUUCACCAUCUCCUCCCGGGUGCUCUCCUUCGCCCUGUUCGCCUCGGUUUUCCACAUCUACUUUGGCAUUUUCGUGGUGCUCCACUGGUGCGCCAUGGCUUUCUGGGUCAUCCACGGCGGCACCGACUUCUGCAUGUCCAAGUGGGAGGAAGUGCUGUUCAACAUGGUGGUGGGCGUGGUCUACGUCUUCUGCUGGUUCAACGUGCGCGAGGGGCAGACGCGCUACCGCAUGGUGGCCUACUACGCUGUGGUGCUGCUAGAGAACGCCCUCCUCAGCUCGCUGUGGUACGCGUACCGCGACCCAGCCACCACUGACGCCUACGCCUCCUAUGCCCUCUGUAGCGUCUUCCUGUGCUUUGCCUCGGGUGUGGCUUGCAUGGUCCUCUACUACGGGGUCCUGCACCCUAUGGGCCCCCGUCUGAGGGUCUAUGCCAGCUCCUGUUGUGCGGAACUGCUCUGGGGCCUCCCGUUGCCCCCCGAAGCUGAGCCCAUGGCCACCACGCCCGGCCCACGGGGCUCCCAGGCCACUCCAACUCGGGGGCUGGCGGGGGAGUACACAGAGCCUGAUGAAACCGCCACAGACACCUGCCUUCCUGUUUUCCAGGUGAGGUCCACAGAGCCCGUGGACGCAUCCGGCAGGCCCAUCCAACCGGAAGGCCCCCUCAUAAAGAUAGACAUGCCCAGGAAGCGCUACCCAGCCUGGGACGCGCAUUUUGUGGACCGGCGCCUGCGCAGGACCAUCAACGUGCUGCAGUACAUCAGCCCCAACGCCGUGGGCAUCAGGUACAGGGACGGCCCGCUUCUUUACGAACUCCUACAGUAUGAAUCGGCGUUCUGAAAAAAAAAAGGCUUUCUCAUCCCUCUUACCGUCCAAACACAGUCAUGAUGUAUUUUUGGAGGAGAAAAAAACCACGCGAAGAGAAAAAUAGAAUGAACCCAUGGGGCUGCGUGUGUAGAUAACAUGAAUGUUUCAUUAUGAAAUGCAUUAUUCUGUAUUGUGAAUAACUGUGAAGGGCAUAUUGUAUGACGCCUAAAGGGAAUGUUGGAGGAGGGUCUCAAAAGGAUGCAGGUUUUUUUCUCCCCCCCCCCCUCCCAAACUUUACUGCCAUUUUUUAUGUAAAUAACCCCAAAUGUUGCAAAAUCGAGAGAGCGAGAUAGAAUCAGAAUCAGAAUCAGAAAAGUUUUUAUUGCCAUUGUUUGAGAACGGGUUCACAAACUAAGAAUUUUACCUGGCGCAAUCGUGCAACAUAACAGACACAUAACACAGAAUAGAAUAACAUGAGCUGUAACUGAGCUAUCAGAUUCUGUUAUUGUUCACGUGUCUGAUGGCCGAGGGGAAAAAAACUGUUUAAAUGGCGGGAGGUGUGGAGAGGUUUCCCUUCCUGCGAGCUCUCCUGGCUGUUCUAUUUUGGUUCCAAAAUCCUAAAUGGUAAUCACAUCAUGCGUGGAGGAGAAGAGAGAAGCAAGCACACUGACCUUCAAUCAGUUCCGCCUAUUCAUUUUAAAAAAAAAAAACGGUUUUUAGCGCACACUGUCCUCUGGCGGAGGCAAGGUGCUAUGGCAUGCCUUGCCCUCAUGGCGGAGCCAUGCGUAAUAAUGGCAGAACACGAUGAAAAUUUGAUUGAUUGAUUGAAACUUGUAUUAGUAGAUUGCACAGUUUAGUACAUAUUCUGUACAAUUGACCACUAAAUGGUGUCGACAUGGUCUGGAAAGACAUAGCACACAAACAACUAUCUGACAUGUAGCCAAUGUUACAUACAGAUAAGCUGUAUUGAGACAUGCAAAAUUAGAUUAUAUACAAAGGGGAUAAAAGUAAAAUAAAUUAAAUUAGCUCAAAUAUACCUAUAAAUGAGGCAUAAUGAUGCAAUAUGUACAUACAGCUAGCCUAAACAGCCUGAUCAUCACUCCGAGUCAAUAACAUCAACAAAGCUCACCUUUGUGCAUUCACGCACAGUAUAAAACUUUUGGUGGACAAGAUGAGACAAAGUAGGAGUGGAAGAUUUUACAUGUAUACAAACUGUUGCGUCGCAUUUCACAUUAUGGUGAGUUCAAGAACCACCGAUAUUAGUAGGACAAAACGAUGUUCACCAAAUAGUCUCAUCUGUGAAGCAUAUAGACAAACAUAUUGAACAGUGAGCUUUCUAACCAUAGGGAAGGUGUGUGUCAUGUUUGUCCUCAAACAAAAAACAUAAUAACAUACCCCCGCCCUAUACAGUGGUACCUCAACUUAAAAGCUGUCUCUCGGCUAAUUGUUAUGCUCUAAGUUGCUAGCAAAGACUUGAGUUACCAACAUCCCCGCCAUUAGUUGGCGUAGCAAAUGCCGCAGACAUUGAUACAACAUUGAUUAUACAUACAUGUCUUUUAAAAUUGACUUUGAAACAACAUUGUAAAAUUUUUAUAUCGUUAAUAGUACCCUAUUUUUCGGAUUAUAAAUUGCUGCGGAGUAUAAGUCGCACCGGCCGAAAAUGCAUAAUAAAGAAGGAAAAUAACAUAUAUACGUCGCACUGGAGUAUAAGUCGCAUUUUUGGGGGAAAUUUAUUUGAUAAAAUCCAGCACCAAGAAUAGACAUUUGAAAGGCAAUUUAAAAUAAAUGAAGAAUAGUGAACAACAGGCUGAAUAAGUGUACGCUAUAUCAGUGGUCCCCAACGUUGUUGUAUCCGCGGACCCAUCCAUCCAUCCAUUUUUUACCGCUUAUUCCCUUUCGGGGUCGCGGGGGGCGCUGGCGCCUAUCUCAGCUACAAUCGGGCGGAAGGCGGCGUACACCCUGGACAAGUCGCCACCUCAUCGCAGGGCCAACACAGAUAGACUGACAACAUUCACACUCACAUUCACACACUAGGGCCAAUUUAGUGUUGCCAAUCAACUUAUCCCCAGGUGGCUUCACGGUGGCAGAGGGGUUAGUGCGUCUGCCUCACAAU